AUGAGCCAUACUAAUUUUGGCUGAAGGCAGAACCGCAGAAGUUCAGUGUUAAAUAAAUUCCUCUACAACGUUUUAAAGAUUACGUAACUAUGAAAAGCACUUAAUGUGAGCCUAAACCUUCAACAUAUAAUGUCCAUUUAUAGAUAAUCUUAUUUCUCAUACGAUCCCCAAUAUCCCUCAAUAACGACUAACGAGUGAGAGUCAUACAUACGCUUCGGCACGUAAUUUAUGCAAGGUGCUUGGUGAGUGGCCUGGAGACGAAAAAUUCAAAAUGGAGGGAGACGAAGCUUUAAUUUCGCGCAAACUGGUUAUUUUGUAUGGCUCUCAGACAGGAACAGCUGAAGAAGUUGCAGAACGGAUAGGACGCGAAGCUAGAAGAAGAUAUAUUGUCCCUAUUGUGAUGGGAAUGGAUGAUUAUGAAAUUGUAAAUCUAAUUAAAGAGAACUUCGUUGUUUUCGUGUGUGCAACCACAGGAGACGGGGAGGAACCUGAUAAUAUGAAGGCAUUUUGGAAAUUUCUUCUCCGUAAGAAUUUACCAUCACAUUGUCUUCAGAAUAUAAAUUAUGCUGUACUUGGAAUGGGAGACUCAUCUUAUCCAAAGUUUAAUUUUAUAGCAAAGAAAUUAUUUAAACGCCUUGCACAAUUAGGAGCUCAGGAACUGGUACCAAUAGCUUUAGCAGAUGACCAACAUGAACUAGGUCCAGAUGCAGUUAUAGACCCAUGGUUAAAUACGUUUUGGGAAACAAUUUUGCAAAUAAUUCCCUUACCAUAUGGAAAGGAGAUCAUUAGCUCUUCAAACAAACCUAUUCCUCGAUAUAAAGUAACAAUAUUAUCUGACCAAGAAUGUAGUAAUAAAGUUGAAAAUACAGAUGCUGAAUUAAUUAAUAAAACCCUUGGAGACAAUGGAAUUCAUAAAGCCAGAUCUGUAUCAAAAGAUUGUCCAUUUUUAUCAGCAAUAAUUGAAAAUAAAAAGGUUACAACACCAGAUCAUUUUCAAGAUGUCAGAUUAAUUACUUUUGAUAUAGCAUCAUCAGGUAUGAGCUACAGCCCAGGUGAUGUCUUGAUGAUUCAACCAAGUAAUCUAAGUGAAAUUGCAAAUGAGUUUAUAAAUUUUCUUGGUCUAAAUCCUCAUGAAAAAGUAUUGCUCUCUCAGAAUUACCAAGACAUUCCAUUACCUAAACAUUUACCCCAACCUUGCACGGUGAGAUACCUGGUUGAAAACUAUUGGGACAUACAGGGCGUUCCCAGGCGAUAUUUCUUCGAGUUAUUGUCACAUCUCACUACUUCCGAACUUGAAGAAGAAAAACUACAGGAAUUCAAUACUGCCGAAGGACAGGAAGAAUUAUAUUCAUAUUGCUACCGACCAAGAAGAACAGCUCUUGAGGUUUUCCAAGAUUUCCCAUACGCCAGCAAGAAUAUAACAUUGGAAUAUUUAUUUGAUUUGAUUACUCCUCUGAAACCAAGGGCGUUUUCUAUUGCUUCAUCAAUAAAGGUACAUCCAAACCAAGUGCAAAUUUUGAUGGCGGUCGUGAAAUAUAAAACCAAUCUUUUCAAACCCAGAGUAGGAGUUUGUUCCACUUGGCUAGCUUCGCUUGAUCACACAACGAAUGUUAAAAUACCUGUAUGGAUUAAGAAAGCGACGAUAUCAUUUCCCAAAUUACUGGACACUCCUGUGAUCAUGAUAGGACCUGGUACUGGAUGUGCUCCGUUUCGAAGUUUUAUCGAAGAACGAAAAUGUCAUAGUAACCAAGAUGGAAAAUGUGUUUUAUUCUUUGGUUCGAGAAGCAAAUGUAAGGAUUUUUUCUUCGAAGAAGAAUGGUUACCUCUACAGAAUAAUGGCCGCUUAAUUCUUUUCACCGCUUUCUCACGUGAUCAGGAAAACAAAAUUUAUGUACAGGAUCGUUUAAAGGAAAACAGCUCAUUCGUCUGGGAGCUGAUAGAUCGACAACAGGCGUGGUGCUUCCUAGCUGGGAAUUCCAAGCAAAUGCCGUCGGAUGUUUCAGAUGUUUUAAAAGAAACAUUUAUGUCAGAAGGCAAGCUGACGAAGGACGAGGCAGAGGAAUAUUUAAAACAAUUGAUAAGAACUAAAAGAUAUCAGAGGGAAACGUGGGCGUAGUGAAAAUAAUUUUUGUAAUUAUAUGAGUAGUGCAUGUCAGGGUCUUCUGAAAGUUCAUAUAGAUCUAUUUUGAAAAUAUGCUUCGCUAUCCAUAUAUGAUAUGCAUGGGGACCUUCUGAAUGUUCAUAUAAAUGCCCUUAUCAACAUGCAGAGCUAAAAACCAUUUAAAGUUACGCUCCGCUAUGCUAUGCAUGCAGGCAUGCGAGUGCUUUUUAAAGAUGCAUGGUGAUAAUAUAUGUUUAUAUUUCUUCUAUAUAAAUUUUGAUAUAGAUGAACCUACGAACAAUGUUUGGUAGCUAUCAAGAAAAUAUCGUAUCCAAGCACAUCAUUUUUAUAUAAGUAUAAACAAACCGCAUUAUAACCAGCAAUAA